UAGGUUUUGGCUAGAGAAGAUUAUUCUAGGGUAGCUAUGCUAGGUUUCUCUCUGCAAGAAUAUCUUUAGUGAAUGAGAUACUUAUUUACUAUUCACUAAACCACUAGUUGAGAAUGUGUGCAAACUAAGUUUUUCCACUGGUUCUGUUCUGUAUGAAAUUUCUGGGCGGUGCUAUAUUUUGUGAAAAAAUGGGUUUGUGUAGCUACUGCUUUGUCUUGUGUUGGUUCAUUUGUUAUUUUAUACAUAGCUAAUAGCAAGGAUACACUAGUAGAUUUCAAUAAAAUAUUGAGCCAGCACGAUGAAUGGAAACGAAAGUUGUAUAAAGGAUGGAAAUUUAUCAAUUUUCAAACCAAGUCAUUGUGGUGUUCUUCGCCAAGAUGACUGGGCAUACGUUAUACAUAACAAUAUGGUUAGAAAAAGUGCUUCUUCAUUAUCAAGAUUGAGGCCAGUCAGUGUCAGUGGAGAUGGUAACUGUCUUUACAGAUCUAUUUCUGUGUUGCUGGUUGGUGAUAAAACGCUAGCUUCAAUUUUGAGAAUUUUGACCUCUUUGGACAUCCAAUGCUCCAACUAUCUCCUAACAAUAUUUUUGUGCAAUGUUUAUCGGAUGUUGGUUGUGACGUGUACACAAAGACGAAGUCAAGAGAACAGGCCAUAAUUGAGAAAGCAAAACAUGUUUCAAAAUCCUUCAUUUGGUCAUCGUUUAUGUGCGUUUUAUCAAUUUGUAAUGUUAUUGAGGUAUGAUGAGUUUUUCAUGGAAUAUGCACAUUUGAUUUUUUUAUUUAUUUAAUGUCUAAACUCCUGUGAUCAAAUGGUAUGAUAUUUAUGAUACAAUUUCGUAAAAGGUUCAAGUUCAAUUCCUGACAGGAGUAAACUAUAUGUGAUGCACGCAGUACCUUUAAAAUUUGUGUCACUCUAUAUAUUUUUUAAUUUUAUAGCAUCCUAUUACUACCUAUCAAAGCUUAUGAUAUAAACAAAUGGGCAAUUUAUUCAACACAUUUGUUGAGCCCAGGACAGGUGUUGCUGGUGUUUCUGUGAAGGUAUUUUGGUUUAACUAGAAGGUUAAGUUUAAAGAAUUCCUGUGAUUGUUUGCGAGUGAUAUUCCAGCCCAUAGUAACAUAUGCCCAGUUGAAUAUGUGGGGGAUAUUCUGGAAAAGGUGCUCUACCAACAGAUAUCACUUCUUUACUUAAAACUACAAAAUGUACACAUUUCCAUCAAUUCGUGAAGUUUUGAGAAUUUUGGCUACAAUUCCUGUAACCUUAUGCACUUGUAAGAGAAGUAUCUUUCAGCGCGUUUAAGGACUCAGAUGCGAAACACAAUUUCGGAGGAAAGGUUAAGCAGCCUAGCAGUUAUCAUGUUUAACAGAUCAAUCACUCUGAUGAAGUAAUAGAUGAGUUUGCUAAAAAGAAUAAGAGAUAAAGGCUUUUUUAAAUAUAUAUACUUGCUGAUUGAUUUAUACUGAUUGAGUUUAUUGGUUUAUUCAUACAUAGUUUACAUGUUUUAUAUAUUUUAGCUGUAUAUUUUUUAUGUAUAUUGUUACAUAGUGUACUUUUUAACGCUGGAAAAAGCCUGAACAAGUGUUAAAUUUUGUUUCUAU